AUGCCCAAGGCCACUACCCCUCCCCCCGCUUUUGCAGCCCUCAAAGACACAGCAUUGUUUACUCCGUUGAAGCUGGGCAGCUUCAGUCUCAAGCAUAGGAUUGUGCAGGCGCCUACAACUCGCAUGAGGAGCGAGUUCGAAUCCCGUGGAGUCAACGUCCCCGGCACUCGUGUCGCAAAGUAUUAUGGCGAGAGAGCCAGUGAAGGCGGUCUCCAGAUCACCGAGGCCACGGACAUUUGCCUCAAUGCUAGUGCAUACCCUGGUGUAGCAGGCGUCUUCACCGACUCUCAGCUGCAGGGCUGGCGCAAGGUGACAGAUGCCGUCCAUUCCAAGGGCGGUUUUAUCUUUGUCCAGCUCUGGCAUACUGGCAGAGCCUCAUCAGCUGGCAUGAGAGGUGGCAACACCCCAGUCUCAUCGGGCAGCCAGCCAAUGGAUGGGAAGUACCUAGACGGUACCGAGUGCAAAGAUGGCCCUCCCAGACCUUUGUCCGUUGAUGAGAUCCACAAUCUGACGGCAGAGUGGGCUGCUGCUUCGAAGCGGGCGGUCGACGUUGCAGGGUUUGACGGUGUCGAGAUCCAUGGGGCAAACGGCUACUUAUUGGAGCAAUUCCUCCAUGACAACAUCAACGAUCGUACCGACGAGUAUGGCGGCUCAAUUGAGAACCGCUCAAGAUUCCUCUUUGAGGUUUUGUCGGCUGUCAGCGCCGCUAUCGGCCCUGAAAAAGUCGGCCUUCGUCUCUCUCCGUACAACUACUUCCAGGGUACGCGAGACAGCGACCCUAACAAACACUGGUCGUACAUUUCCCAGAGACUUGCCGAGCUCCCAGACAGCCAGCGGCCCGCCUAUGUACAUAUGAUCGAACCUCGUUUCGACGAAGUCCUUGACGAGGAGCAAAAGCUUGCCUCCUUAUGCGGGUCGAAGCCAGAGUCUAAGCCGGCAAACAACCUGACGCAGUUCAGAGAUAUUCUGAAGCCAUCGGGCAUUCGAUUCUUCGCUGCCGGGAAUUUCAAUCGUGACAACGCCUUGUCAAAGGUCAAGAGCGGCGAAUCAGAUGCGGUGGUGUUUGGCCGGCACUUUAUCGCCAACCCAGAUUUGGUGGAACGGUUGAAAAACGGCUGGCCGCUGAACCCCUACGACCGUACGACGUUCUAUGGAGCGGAACCUCCUGAGAAGGGAUACAAUGAUUAUGAGUUCUACAGGGUCGAUAAUGCCGAGAUCAUGGUAAAUGCUUAA